AUGAGCACUCUUCUCACGCUUGCUACUUUGUUUGCCGCGGUGCUGGCCACGAGCCGCACCAGCGCACCAUCUGGGUGUAUCACCGCCGGCAGUGGUGGCACCUACAGCACCAUCCAGGAGGCUGUCGACUCGCUCUCCACGACCUCAACCACAGCACAAUGCAUCUUCAUCGAGGCAGGCUCCUACAACGAGCAGGUCACCGUCUCCGCCCGCGAGGCCGAGCUGACCUUCUACGGCUACACCGAGGACACCUCGACCUACUCGUCCAACGUCGUGACCAUCACCAAUGAUCUCUCCGCCGCCAGCGGACUGAGUGAUGAGGAGACGGGUACACUGAUCGUUCUUGCGACGAACUUCAAGAUGUACAACAUCAAUGUAGCAAACACGUACGGUGAUGGAAGCCAGGCUAUCGCCCUGUCGGCGUAUGCUGAUUCUGGGUACUAUGCCUGCCAGUUCACGGGUUUCCAGGACACCGUGCUCGCUGAGGAGGGUUACCAGCUGUAUGCGGGCUGCUUGAUCGAGGGCGCCACCGACUUCGUCUUUGGCCAGUACUCUCCAGCUUGGUUCCAGUCUUGCGAUAUCAGAGUGCUCGAAGCCAGCGUGGGCUAUGUCACUGCUAAUGGCCGUACCUCCUCCACCGGAACAUCUUACUAUGUCUUUAACGAAUGCGAUAUCGCGGCCGCAGAUGGUGAAUCCGUCGCCUCGGGUGCCUACUACCUCGGCCGCCCAUGGUCUGAGUAUGCCCGCGUCGUCUUCCAGGACACGACCAUGUCCGACGUCAUCAACAGCGCCGGCUGGGCUGAGUGGUCGUCCAGCGAGCCCAACACCGAGGAUGUUCUGUUUGGUGAGUACGACAACACCGGCGAUGGUGCAGAGGGAACACGCGCCAGCUUUGCCACCAAGCUGAGCGCAGCUGUCUCUAUCGAAACGAUCUUGGGAGAUGACUACACGAGCGCGGGCUACUAUGACGCUUCUUAUAUGUAA